GCCUAAAAUCAUUUCACGCCUUUCACCCCAAAACCAUUUCACGGCUUCAUUCAUUUCACGGCUUCAUUCAUCAAAAACCAUUUCACGGCUUCGUUCACCGAAAAUCAAUUCAUGCAAGGCCUUCAUUCCCAUUUUGAUUUCCUUCAACGCUGAGAAAUUGUCAAGAUUCAAAUUCAGAUUCAGAUUCAGCGAUUUAGGGAUUAAUUUUCAGAGAAAGGAUAAUGAAAAAGCAAAAAACAAAUAUGGAGUUUCUCAUCUUCAAGCUCAGUGCUUAUCUGAAGCUUGGACGUACACAAGGCUGGUUCUUGAGUUCGUUGUUUCAAUCUUCUCGUUUAUUGCAUUGAAUUGAAUGGAUAAGAGUUGGAUAUCCUACAACCCUAACAACUCUCUUAAUAAAGAGAAGUACAUUAGAGGAGUUACUAAUUUUCUUGAUUUUGCAUUUGCAAAAUCAAAUGAUGGAAAAAUUUUAUGUCCUUGCACCAAUUGUGUCAAUUGCAAGUGGCGCUCUCGAGUGGAUAUUUAUGAGCAUCUAAUCCAUUUUGGGUUUCUAAAAGGUUAUGUUACUUGGGUCUUUCAUGGUGAACAAGUUAGCUCGUCUAGUUCUCAAAGUGUAUCUCAAGUAGACGGAGAGUUUGACCAUGACAUAGAUACAUUGAUUCAUGAUGCCUUUGGAAUACAUCCAACUAAUGAGAGUGAUGGUGCAAAUUUAAAUGUGGAGGACGAGAAUCCCAAAGCAUUCAUAGAUGAAACCAAUACUCAACAAUUUGAAGAUGAUAGUAAUUUGGAUAAGUUCUAUCAGUUGUUAAAUGAGGCAGAGCAAAAUCUUUAUCCUGGUUGUAAGAAGUUCACAAAACUAUCAUUUAUUGUCCAUUUGUAUCACUUAAAGUGUCUAAACGGGUGGACUGACAAAAGUUUUUCCAUGUUGUUAGAGCUUUUAAGGGAUGCAUUACCAGAAGAAAAUACAUUGCCGAAAUCUUUUUAUGAUACAAAAAAGAUUAUUUGUGGAUUAGGUCUCUCAUAUGAAAAAAUUCAUGCUUGUCCCAAUGAUUGCAUAUUAUAUUGGAGAGAUUCUGCUAAUGCUCAAAUUUGCUCAAAAUGUGGCAUGUCACGAUGGAAACUAAACUCUAAUGACAAUGAAGGUAGAAAAAAAGUCCCUGCAAAGGUUCUUCGUUGGUUUCCUCUUAAACCUAGACUACAAAGACUCUUUCUAUCAUCAAAAAUAGCUUCUUCUAUGACAUGGCACAAAGAUGGUAGAACAAAAGAUGGGCUCAUGAGACAUCCAGCUGAUUCUUUCGCUUGGAAAUAUUUUGAUAGUCAACAUCCUGAUUUUUCGUGCGACCCUCGUAAUGUUCGACUAGGUUUAGCUUCUGAUGGUUUUAACCCUUUCAAAACUAUGUCAAUUUCUCAUAGCACUUGGCCUAUUGUUUUGAUUCCUUAUAAUCUUCCUCCAUGGAUGUGUAUGAAGCAACCUAAUUUUAUACUUUCAUUGCUUAUUCCCGGUCCAAAAGGUCCAGGAAAUAAACUUGAUAUCUAUAUGCAACCUCUUGUGGAAGAACUAAAAGAAUUAUGGGAAAUUGGGGUGAAAACAUUUGAUGCAUGCAAAAAAGAGUCAUUUCAAAUGCGUGCUGCUAUCAUGUGGACUAUCAAUGAUUUCCCAGCAUAUGCAAAUUUGUCAGGCUGGAGCACUAAAGGUCGAUACGCUUGUCCAUGUUGUGGUUUAAAAACUGCGUCUCAUUGGUUGCGUUAUAGUCGGAAGUUUUGCUACAUGUGUGAUCGUCGUUGGUUAGAGCCUACUAGUAAGUGGAGAUACAAUAGAGGAGAAUUUGAUGGAACCCAAGAGUUUAGAGCACCGCCGGAGCUACCUAAUGGUGCAAGUGUCUUGAGACAAUUGGAAGAUCAUGGAAUAGGUAAUGGGUCACCAUGGAAAAAGAAAAGCAUUUUGUUCACAUUACCUUAUUGGCAACAUAAUGUUCUUCGUCAUAAUCUUGAUGUAAUGCACAUUGAAAAAAAUGUUUGUGAUAACAUUAUUGGAACAUUGUUGCAUUUAGACGGAAAAUCAAAGGAUAACGAUAAGGCACGUUAUGACCUUGUAGACAUGAACAUUAGAAGUCAACUACAUCCAACGAUGCAUCCAAGUAAAGGUAAAAAAUAUUUGCCUAGAGCUUGUUACCAAAUGACAUCGAAUGAGAAAGAAAUAUUUUUGGAAGUUCUCAAAAACUUAAAAACCUCAGAUGAAUAUUUUUCUAAUAUAUCUAGAUGUGUGCAAGUGAAGCAACACAAGAUAUUUGGUCUCAAAAGCUAUGAUUGUCACCUUUUAAUGCAAGAGUUUCUUCCUAUAGCUAUACAAGGUUUUUUGCCUGACAAAGUGAGUUUAGCUAUAUGCGAUCUUUGUCAUUUCUUCAAAGAAUUGUGUGGCAAGGUUCUUAAUGAGCAUAAUUUGGAGCACUUGGAGAAUCGAAUUGCCAAAACAUUGUGCCAGUUAGAAAAGAUUUUCCCUCCAUCUUUUUUCACUAUAAUGGUACAUUUGUUAAUUCAUUUGGCAUAUGAGGCAAAAGUUGCAGGUCCUGUUCAUUAUCGAUGGAUGUAUCCAAUUGAAAGGUUCCUUUUUACUCUAAAGUCAUUUGUUCGUAAUCGAGCACAUCCAGAGGGAUCUAUUGCAGAGGGUUAUUUAGCUCAUGAAUGCUUGAUAUUUUGUUCCCGAUAUCUCUCUUCGGUGGAAACUUAUUUUAAUCGACCUAGUCGAAAUGAUGAUUCAGAUUUUGUGGAAAAUACAAAUCUUUUAAAUCCUAGAGGGAGACCAUUGGGGAGAAAGAGUAAAGUUGGAUUCAAUGUGAAGAAAAGAAAAAGGGCUUCUCGGAUCUCCCUUGACAAGAAAACAUUGUUGCAAGCACAUAGAUAUGUGCUUUUUAAUAGCCAUAAUGUCGACCCCUUCCAAAAAGAACACAUUGAUCUUAUUAGGAGACAAAAUCGUCGACUAUCUUCUUAUGAAGUUGACAAAAUUCAUGGUCGAUCAUUUUCUGAUUGGUUCCGUGAACGAGUUUCACGGUUGGAAGAGCAAGGUAGUGCUCUAGUGACAGAGGAUAUCAAAUGGCUUGCACGUGGUCCACUAGAAAUAGUGAGAAAAUAUAGUGGUUAUAUUAUUAAUGGAGUUAGAUUCCAUACAAAGAAGCGCGAAAGAGGCUUAAAGACUCAAAAUAGUGGCAUCGUAGUUACUGUUAAGACAAAAAGUUAUGCUAGUUCAAGAGAUAAGCACCCGAAAGAAGGGCAAAUCAACUAUUAUGGUGCACUCACAGAUAUAAUUCAAUUAGAUUAUUCGGGAAAAUACAAGGCAUUAUUGUUCAAGUGUGACUGGGUUGACAUAAAUAAAGGUUGUAGAAUUGAUAACUUAGGCAUGACAUUAGUCAAUUUCAAUUAUUUGCAACAUACAGGAAAUGAUGUAUGCGAUGACCCAUUUAUUUUGGCCUCUCAAGCCAAAAAAAUAUUCUAUGUAGAGAAUAGAACACAAAAUGAUUGGUUUGUUGUUGUGCAUGCUAAAGUUAGAGAUGUGUAUGAUUUGGGUGAUGAGUUGUCCAAUGAUGUAGAUCAAGUGAAUGAACAAGUCUUGCAAGAUAUAAAUGACAACGACUUGAUUAGACCAGAAGUUGAUGAUAAUCAUGAUAUCAUGGAAGUUACAACAUCCAUGGAGAGCAUUCUCCAAAAUGAUGAGGGUGGUGAUGAUACAGAGGAUGAGAGUGAGGGAGACUUCUUCUAAUAUAUAGAGCAAAUUAUUUAUCAAUCAAUUUAUUUGACUUCUAAUUUAUUGAAGUUACAAAGGUGUGUAGUUAUUUUUGCUCCCUACCAUUUUAUGUGUUUCAUUUGAGGUAGAUUAGUACUGUCAUCGGUUAUUUGUUUUUUACAACAAUUAAAUACUAAUUUGGCUUUGGCAUAUGUAGAAAGUACCAUGGGGAAGCGCAGAAGGAAGUUGAAUACUACUCAAAAUUGUGGACAAUCACAAGAGGAAGGGCACUCAAUUGAUGGCUAUAAUGAACUCAACCAAAAUAACCAUUCUAUGUCUGAAGAAGGAAGUCAUGUUGAAGCUGAAGGUGAAAAGAGAACAAGAGGUUAUACACAUAUGCUAGAUGUGUGGGACAUGCCAGAUGGAGAGUUUAUAUUGGUGGAUGUAGAUUCUUUUGGUCAUCCUAUUGGUUGGGAAGGAAAAACUCUAUUAAAUGCAAUAGGAAGUUUGGUAAGGAGAUCUCAAUGUGCUCCAAUCAAUUACAUUAGCUGGAGUAAGAUGCCUGAGUCCUAUAUUACUGAUAUGAUUGAACUAAUUCAGACAAAGUUUAGAUUUGUUCCUGAAUUCACUGAGCAAACUGAGAAGAUACUAAAGGAUAACAUGAAGGUUAAGUGGAGGCAAUUCAAGUAUCAUUUGAA